UAUGACAUUUGUCAAACUAGUAUUAUUUAACUUGAUAAUGCUGAGAAUAUGCACUAUUUAGUUAUUGUUAAAACUGAUGAUAACGUAGAAAAGUUAUACACAUAAAGAAAUGACUGAUAUUCCUUAAAUUGCCAAAGUAUCAUCGCAUUCCAUUCCAUUUCGCAAAAUGAUAGUUGCCGUUCUUUUGAACAAAAUCAAAUCCUUCAUUUUUGUAUUUGUAAAUAUAUUUCGAAGAGCGUUGUGUUGUUUCCGUAGAAGACGACGAAGUAGUUGUGAAUCGGUCCCUUUAACUCAUGUUGUUUCUAACAGUGAAGAAACUAAGAAUAAUUUCCAGACAUGGGAAGACUGGGGAGACCAUGCGAACGAUCGUAAAGAGAAAACUGUGCAGGACCACAUAGAGAUGUAUAGAAAACAAACACAAAUUCUCAAGCAGAGCAAGGGUGAGGAGGAGCCCGAAGAGCAGCUGAAUUUCUUCGAGGACAUGACGCCAAAUAUUACAAAACAGACCAAGGUCCUCAUCAGCACCAAUCAGGGUGGUGAUUUCAAGCAAUCGAAUAGACUGAAUUUUGUAGAAGAUUCUGUAAACGCCAUUCCUAUGCUGGAAUUGAGAGAGUGGGAAGAAACGUCAGGUUGGGAGGGCGAAGCGUUGGAUUCUGAUGCUCAGAAGGUGUUGCGGGAGAAGAAACGGCUAGAGAGGGAAAGAAGAGUGUGGGAACAGCAUCAGAAACGACAGGAGAAAAUGAGUAGAUCUCUAGGUUCUAAACUAAGCACAUAGCCUUUUAAGAUAAGAUUGUUUUAUUUGUAACCAGUGAAUGUUCAUUUUUUUAUGUGUAUGUCCUUAAAAUAUGGAAUAAAGUGCAUUAUUUUAA